ACUUCACUGGAAAAGUGCAAAUAAAUAUCUACUCUGGAAGGCUCGCGAGUUUCAUAUUGUACACCUCAGCUAGAUUUCAAUCCAUUUCUGUCGAUUGAACGAUCUUAGACCCUAAUUCUUUUCUCGACUGUUAAAUUUGUAAAACCCCAAUCCUUCACCAGAAACCGUAGCCUUUUCUAAAUCUCGGUUUCCUUGUUUUUGUGAAUUAAGAGGCAAUUUCAUGGAAUUCAGUCCAUGAUUCAUCUGAAGCCCUGACUAUUGUAUCUGUAAAUUCGGACCAGAAUUUCAUGGAAAUGGCCCCUCUGAUUUCUCUGAAACCCUAACACACACUCUCUCUCGCUCUCUCUCAACCUAGCCCUCUGUAAAUUGUGACUGGAAAUCCUUCUCUCUCUUAAGCGUUUCUUCCUAACUAGAGAUGCAACUCUGUCACUCUUUCUAACCCUAACCCGCUGUAAAUUGUAUCAUCCUUCCUGGAAACACUGACUUUUGUAUAUUUUCACUACAUAUGCAGCUUUCUCACAAACACAAAUUCAAAGCACACUCUUUCUCUCUGUAAAACUGGAGUCUUCUCACCGGAUACUCACCUUUCUUCAAGCUUUCUCUGAAAUUCAAAGCUUUCUCCAGAUUCCCUUUUGCAAUGGCAAUACUAUUGAAAACCCUAAAAUUCUCAGAAAAAUAGAUAAUAAAAAGUAAAGAAAGGAAAGAGCUUUAGCUUUCUCACUCGAAAACUAACUCUACUUCACUUGCCAUGCACCUUUCUAUAAACCCCGACUUCUAAAAAACGAAGGAGAGAGAGAGAGAGAGAGAGAGAGAGAGAGAGAGAGAGAGAGAGAGUAUUCCUUACGUAAACCUUAAUUAUUCACACACAUAAAUGGAGACACAGCACCACCGUCUCCCCAUGCCAACCGUAGAGCUGGAGAGAGAAAAGCUUUUGGAAAGGGUCUUCCAAGAGGGCGGCUUUGCCUAUGUUAACCUGGCAGUCCGUGCUGCCUCAGGAGAAGCGCAGGCGGCAGAGGCGGCGAGAGAGAUAGCAUGGGAGCAGUUGCAUUCUGGGCCGUGGCACAGCGUGCGACAUGUUUGGAGGGACGCAUAUGCCAUGUCUUGCUUGCAUGUGGCGGAGAUACAUUGGUCAAUGGGAGAGGUGAGGGAGGCACUGAGGGCGCUUGACAUGGGCAUCAUUAUGGGCGGUGCUUUGCUUAGGAAGGAUUUGGAUGCGGCGGUUAAGGCUUUGGUGGGGGACAGGUUUGGUUUCGAGGGAAGUUCAGGAGAGCAGGAAGGUUUGGAGGGUGGUUUGGGAGGUGGGGCGGUGGCCUGUGCAGGCUCCCGCUCCAGGGCAGAAGAGGUGCUUCAACUCUUGCCCAGUAAAUCACUUUCAUGCAAGAAAAUAGAUAAAAGAUCAGACUUGUCCUUGGAGGGUUUCCUGUGCAAUUACUUCUUGCCAGGUUCUCCAGUCAUAAUAAGUGGUGCCAUUUCUCACUGGCCGGCAAUGAAAAGGUGGAAGAGCAUGGAGUAUUUGAAAAGGAUUGCAGGUGAUAGAACAGUACCAGUUGAGGUUGGAAAGAAUUACCUGGCCCCAGGAUGGAAGCAGGAGUUGAUAAGCUUCUCAGAAUUUCUUGACAGAAUUUACUCCAGUGACAAUGGUCCUAAUGGUCUGACAUAUCUAGCUCAACAUCCAGUAUUUGAUCAGAUACUGCCGUUGCGUCAAGAUAUUGAUGUUCCAGAUUAUUGUGCCGCUAGUGUUGGAGAACUGAAGUCACUUAAUGCUUGGUUUGGUCCAUCUGGAACAGUCACACCAUUGCACCAUGAUCCACACCACAAUCUGUUUGCUCAGGUUGUUGGUAGAAAGUACGUGAGGUUAUAUCCUUCCUCAAUAUCUAAUGAUCUGUACCCUUAUGAGGAGUCUAUGCUACACAAUUCUAGCAGGGUGGACCUCGACAACCCGGAUCCGGACGAGUUUCCUUUAGCACAAGACCUUGAUUUCAUGGAUUGUAUAUUGGAGGAAGGAGAGAUGCUUUACAUCCCACCCAAAUGGUGGCACUAUGUAAGAUCUCUUACCACAAGUUUCUCUGUGAGUUUUUGGUGGAGCGAUUGCAACCUGGACUAUGAAUGAAAAAGUUUCGUUGAGUGAAAAAUUUGAGCAGGGUCUAGUCAUAAUUGAUCCACAAAUAAGUCAUGGUUUUCAAAAUUUUGUGGAAAUGUUAGUUCCAGGAUACAGCCCAAAAUGAGACGUUGUUAUCCUUCAAAAAAGAUGAAAUCAGAUUUGCCCAGAUCAA